UAUAACAUCUCUUUAUUUUCUGCUUUUUUCUGUUAGGUUUUGUGUGAGGGAGAGAGGGAGGAAAAGGGCUAGUCAUGGCCAGGUUGAUAGUGUACGUGAUGGUUGUACUUGCUGCAGUAAUAUUUGUGCAUGCAGCAGCAGCAAGAAACAUUCCUAGUACUACUAUCGCUACAACAGCGAAGCCUAACGAAACUCAAACUGAAAAUACACUGAAUGUGAGAACUGCUGCAGCUCCAUCUCCAAGUGGUGCUGGCGUUAAGGACAAGAAGAACUUCAUCACCUAUGGUGGCAUUGGGGGAUGGGCUGGAGUUGGAUAUGCUGGCUUGAUUCCAACACUUGGUGGCAUUGGUGGAGUUGGUGGUGGGGUUGGUGGAGCUGGUGGUGGGGUUGGGGGACUUGGUGGUGUUGGUGGACUUGGCGGCCUCGGCGGAGUUGGUGGCCUAGGUGGCGUUGGUGGUGGAGGUGGUGCAGGUGGUGUUGGCGGUGUUGGUGGAGUAGGCGGUGCAGGAGGAGUGGGCGGAGUCGGAGUUGGUGGUGGCAUUGGAGGUGGUAAAAUUAUUCCCUAAAUGAGAUGAGUCUAGGUUGUUAUUUUACUUCUGAUCUUGCAAUGUUAGGGCUUUCUUUGAGUUCAACAAGUACUGUUUUAGUGUUUCUUGGAUGUCAUUUGUAGCAUGCAAUCUGCAUAGGCUGUCCUUUUCAGCUUGUUUUGAAGUCAUUGUAAUCCUCUUUAAUUUCCUAAUUUAGUGAACUUGUUUAAGUGUAGGUUUUUUGUUC